CGAAAAUUCUCCAGUUGCCUCGCUGGAAGUCGCUUUGUGGCACUUUGUCAAGACAAAGUUGCCAACUAGCAACUAAGAAAGUAAAGAAACUACCUACCUAUUAAUUAAUACGAAUUUAGCAUAUGAGCACAUAAUCGAAUUUUUCUAACAUGGUUUACAAAAAUACUAGGAAAUUAGUUAGAAUAUGAACCUCUAAUACUACAAAGGAAACGCACAGGUAUCAAACUGUUGAAACUGAUCAAAGGCUUUCAAAGCAACUUGAGUACCUACCUAAUCCAGUGUAUGAAGAAUUAAAGAAGCUAAAAAAAGCUGGGCCAUGACAUUAGAAGAUGAAGAAAAUACAUGGCUGCUGGCAUUGGAGGCUGCCCUUCAUGAUGGUUGUGAUGUGGACUCCCUUCUGAACAUCACACGAGGCAGAACCUUGCCAGAGGAAUGCAGACAGCAGGUGUGGUACCAGUGUUUGGGCGGGGGUUCCAAAAUCAGUAACUUCUCCGAGUUUGAUGAGGUGUUUGACUUGCCCGAGCAAAGUGUCAUCAGAGCAGACUGCCAAGCAAUUGUUGCUAAUCUAGGCAAUGCUGAAGAAGAUAAAGUGUCCAUAGUUUGUGACGUGGAGAGCGUGGUGAGCCACUACUGCAAGAGUCGUCACCUUCAGUAUGCCUCCCAGCGCCAGUGGGCAGACCUUCUAACGCCUCUCUUAGCUGCCAAGCUCAGCCCUGACAGACUCUAUGUUUGUUUUGAAGAAAUUCUUGAGAAAUACAUUCCAAGAGAGAGCAGCCCUGGGUCCCCCAUUUACCACUUCCUGCGAUUGCUGCUGCUUUACCACGACCCGCAGCUCUCCAAUCACUUAGACUCCUUGAAGAUCACUCCUGACCAGUAUGCUGCGCCAUGGGUGAGGUCGCUGUUUGGGAGCGUGUGUUCCCUGGACACGGUCAUGUCUCUGUGGGACGCCUACUUCCAGGAACGGGAUCCUUUCUUUGUGGCUUUCCUUUCUCUUGUCAUCCUCGUCAACGCCAGAGACCGAGUGCUAAGCGAACGAAGCAGCGCGGCUGUCAUUGAGACCAUCAUAGCCCUGCCAGCCCCUCUCUCCGCUGCUGACGCGCCAGACUUCUGCACGCUCGCCCGAUACUACGCUAUGCGAACCCCAAAUACAUUCAGAAAAGAGUAUCAGAACAGCAUCUUCGGCAGCGUGUACCUCAGUGGGGGUGACGGUGGUGACGGAGGUCACGUGACAGGCGCCCUGCCGCUGGCACAAGCCCUCUGUCUGCCUGUUGCCCCUGAGGAGCUUCUCGCCUCUACCUCUUCUGCGAUGUACCCUCCUGAAAGUUCGCAGGUGGGAUUUUUCGUCAUUGACUGCAGGCCCGCUGAUCAGUUCAGCAACGGCCAUCUUCCCAACGCUUUCCACCUGGACUCAUCCUUGAUGCUGGAGGCAGUGUCAUCAUUUAACACAGCUCUUCAAGGCUUAUUUAUUGCCCACCGACAAGCGGUAGAAGCCGACACACCUGGCACAGGAGCUCACCUCUGCCUGGUGGGGGGCGGCACUGAAGAGGAAGACCCGCUGCUUCAUAUGGUCGCUGCGGCGAUGUUACAGCAGCAUACAGCCUUCGUCAGCCUCGCCAAAGGCGGCUAUAGAGGCAUUCACCGAGCACUGGAGCCUGAUGUCGAGACAGAGUUGGCCGAACACAAUAGAAACAAUUGCCACGUGUGCGUAGGCGCUGCCAAACGACCUCCCUCACCAGCUCCCUCACAAUCGUCCAGCUGCGCUGACAAGCCUGACGCUUCUCAAGCAGAUAGCACACUCUUCAAUAAGUUUUCUUCCUUCUCCUCUGUAUUUAAAAUCAAGUCAGCAGACCUGAAAGACAAGUUGGUGGACUACAUAACCAAUCCCGCGGGCGACGACAGUGGCCGCCCCGUGGUAGCACGCCACGCGUCACCUGAUGACACGGGGGAUCUCUACCGCGGGGCUGGCGACAUUUUUACCAUCGGAGAAGACGAUGCUGCUGCCAAAACCCGGGGCACAGUGGAGCGUGUUUUGCUGUCUGAUUUGUUGAAGAAGCCCUCGACUAUCACUUCUUUUGCCUGUCACCAAGUGCGCGAGAACGGCUACAUGAUUCCCAGUCAUUUGGUGUUGACACAGCACGGAGUUCUACUGGUGCGCUGCAUAGAGGGCAAAAGUAAGUACGGUGAUAUCGUUGCAUCGCGCAGUCUCUCGUCGAUCAUGAAGAUCACAUCGAAGAAGAAGCAUCCCGACCUCAUCACCUUCAAGUACGGCACCACCAGAGCCGAUGGAGAAGCUGUCAUUACAGACAUGGACCGGUUUCUUAUUCCGAACGCCAGUCGAGCCACACAUGCCGUGAAGGAGCUCAUCCUGCAGCAGAGUGACGACGCCGCUGCUUCAGAAGCGAAUAAAUAAAUGCGGCUUAAACGUUCCAAACUCGUACAGCCAAGUUAAUAAGCGAGGUCAGGUUGUGCUAUAGUCAAUUUAAUUUUUAGCAUAAUUUAAAUAUUGCAUUACCUAGAUAAUUUACUUGUGAAUCCUAAGCCACUAAAGCGUGCAAAUUUUCAUUCAUGAUCGUAAUAAUAAGGGAAGAUUAAAGUGAAUUGGAGGGAAAUGCGCGUUUUAGCCUCGCUUCAGCACUACAAUUAUGAAGUGCUCAAAAUUAUCUAUCGGUGUACUAUACCGUACAUCACUAACAGAACUAUUCGAGGACUGGCUGUAAUGAUUAGAGUAGAUUUAGGAAUUUUGAAGAUUAUAAAUAUGGUAGGGCUGUUGUAAUACUUGUUGCAGGUCUAAUUUAGGAAUGUGCUCCUAUGUCAGUCAUAGCCUUGCAUAUAAAUGUUGAUUCUAUAAUUUAUUACACGUUUUAAUUUACUACUAAAAUAAUACAGUGAUUUAUUACUCUA